AUGUCAGAACCAGUAGUUGACAAUGUUACAAAUAAAGUUGAAAAGAUGGAAGUAAAAGAAAAAACUUCAGCACCACCAAAAGAGAAAAAAGAAAAGAAAUCAAAUAAAGUUCAAUUAAAAACACCAAAAGGUACUCAAGAUUAUAAUCCAAGACAAAUGACAAUUCGUGAACAAGUCUUUGAUGGUAUUAAACAAGUUUUUAAAAGACAUGGUGCUGUUACAAUUGAAACACCAGUAUUUGAAUUAAAGGAAACAUUAACAGGUAAAUAUGGUGAAGAUUCAAAAUUAAUUUAUGAUUUACAAGAUCAAGGUGGUGAAAUUUGUUCAUUAAGAUAUGAUUUAACAGUACCAUUCGCACGUUAUGUUGCAAUGAAUGGUGUAUUGAAUAUAAAGAGAUAUCAUAUUGCACGUGUUUAUCGUCGUGAUAAUCCAAUUAUGACCAAAGGUAGAUUUAGAGAAUUUUAUCAAUGUGAUUUCGAUAUUGCAGGUACCUAUGAUUUAAUGGUACCAGAUGCAGAAUGUUUGGUAAUGAUUUGUGAGAUUCUUGAACAAGUAAAGGUUGGAGAUUUCCAAAUUAAAUUGAAUCACCGUAAAUUAUUGGAUGCAAUCUUUGCAAUCUGUGGUGUACCAGCCGAUAAAUUCCGUGCAAUUUGUAGUGCCGUCGAUAAAUUGGAUAAAUCACCAUGGGAAGAAGUUCGUAAGGAGAUGGUUGAAGUCAAGGCUUUAGAUGGUGCUGUAGCAGAUAAGAUAGAGAAAUUCGUUUCAUUAAAAGAUGAACCAAUCAAGUUAUUACAACACUUACGUGCCACCGGUAUGUGUGAUGGCAACAAAGACGCCACUGAAGCACUCUCACAAUUGGAGACACUCUUUGGUUAUUUAGAAUGUUUUGGUGUCACUCAACAUAUCCUCUUUGAUCUUUCAUUGGCAAGAGGUUUGGAUUACUACACUGGUAUCAUCUAUGAAGCAGUUUUAACAGGUCAAGAUCGUGUUGGUUCCAUCGCUGCUGGUGGUCGUUACGAUGGUUUGGUCGGUAUGUAUGGUAAAAAAGAUGUACCAGCAGUUGGUUUCUCAAUUGGUAUCGAACGUAUCUUUACCAUCUUGGAGGACGAAUACAAAAAAGAGAAUAAGAAAAUCAGAGAGAAUGCAACUCAAGUUUUCGUUGUUCAAAUGGAGAAAGAUUUAAUUAAAGAACGUCUUGCCAUCGUCUCUGAACUUUGGAAAGCUGGUAUCAACGCUGAAUUCUCUUACAAAGUUAAUCCAAAACUUCCUGCUCAAUUAAAUACUGCCGAUGAAUCAAAUAUUCCACUCAUCAUCAUCAUUGGUAAAUCUGAAGUUGAAACUAAUAGUCUCUCUGUUAAAACUAUGCACGAUCGUAAACAAGUUUCAAUUGAACGUUCAAAUUUCACUGUUAAAAUUAAAGAAAUUUUAUCAACAAUUCCAAAAUAA